UCACUCAGCUGUUUCAGUCAUUUUCUGACACUUGCCUGUGGUGGUCGUGUUCUCAGUCCCAAAGGGAAUUAAAUUGUUAACUAUAUUUUUUCAAUUGAAACUGAAAUAAAGUCACCAUGGCUGAAACAGAAAUAAUAUCUAAAAGUGAUAGUAAUGAUCAAUUUUUUGAGGGCGUGGAGAAGUUAAUAGAAAUAUGGUUUACGCCGGCUAAACAAGCAGAUUUGAGGAAAAUUACACGUCAACAAUGGGAGAAGGUGCUCAAGAUAGUGCGCUGUGAGAUCAUAUCCUUCACAAAAAGCGAGCAAGUUGACGCAUAUGUACUAAGUGAGAGCAGCAUGUUCGUGUCGCGGCGGCGCUGGAUCCUGAAGACGUGCGGUACGACGACGCCGCUGCGCUGCGUGCGCGCCGUGCUGGCUCUGGCACGCGACGCAGCCGGACAUGCCCGUGUCCAUAAUGUCUUCUACUCGCGCAGGGAGUUCGCACGCCCGCACGCACAGCUCACACCACACGACAACUUUGAUUCAGAGGUAGAAUUGCUGGACUCCUUCUUCGGGGACGGGCGCGCAUAUAUCAUGGGUCCGGAGAAGGACUGCUGGUAUCUAUACACACUGCUGCCGCUGGAAGGCACGGUGGCAGCGCUGGAGAAGGAGCACCGCGAGGCGAGCGAGGCGGGCGCGGGGCGCGCGGCCGGCGAGCCGGACCAGACCAUUGAAAUCCUCAUGUCGGACCUCGACCCCAACGUCAUGAGCAUCUUCACACGCGCGCACAGCGCCUCCGCACACCACGCCACCAAGGAAUCUGGUAUAGACAAGAUAAUCCCCGGCAUGGUGAUCGAUGACUACCUGUUCGACCCCUGCGGGUACUCCAUGAACGGCGUCGCUAAAGAUGUGAGUACAACCUUACAGUGCUUUAUGUCCUCUCUACAUCAUACGAAACUAAUUGAAUGGUUAAUGUUUGUUGUCAUGCGAUCAGAGGGAGAGCGACAUACCGUCAGUAAGUCACAACCAAGUAUUCCGUAUUAAAGUUAUUGUAGUGUGUCUUUCUUUUUUGUAUUCGUUU